AUGAUUACUAAUAAUGAUGAUGUUCUUAAACUACCAAGUCUAUCUGAUUCAAAUUCAUUCAUUGGUGCUGGUACAUCCGGUAUUCGUCAUGUUUUUCCUAUUCAUCUAACUGAUAUUGAUUAUAGUGAUGAUUUAUUUUGUCGUUCAAUAUCUCAUUUACGUUUUCAUACUCCAACGACUAAAAUAUGUACAAAUGUUGAAAUGAUUCGUAAUAUUUGUUCAUCAGUUCAAACAUUAGAACAUCUUGAUAUUAGUGAAAAUGAACUUGAUGAUUUACCAACAGAAAUUAGUUUACUUAUUCAUCUUCGAACAUUAAAUUGUUCACAUAAUAAACUAACAAAUAUAUCAAAUUCAUUUGAACAAUUAAAUCAAAAAUUAAAACGACUUGAUUUAUCAUUUAAUCAUUUAAAACGUUUACCAAUCGUUAUUUAUACAUUAAAAUAUCUUAUACGAUUAAAUUGUGAACAUAAUUUAAUUAAAACAAUCGAUAUAGAUUUAUUAAAUCUUAAAUAUUUAAAAAUUUUUAUUCUUGAUCAUAAUCAAAUACAAACACUUAAUACAAUUGAUUUUAGUCAAAUGAAAAAACUUGAAUGUGUUCAUAUAGCUCAUAAUCAAUUAAUUAAAUUUCCACGUAAUCUACAUAAAUUAAAUUAUUUAAAAAAUAUUAAUCUAUCUCAUAAUCGUCUUACUAGUUUUCCAAUUGAAUUAUUACUUAUAAAUUCAUUAGAUGUAUUAAAUCUUAGUCAUAAUUUUCUAACACAAUUAUCACAAUUAUCAAGUAUUUAUAAACGAACAUCACUUAUGUUUUCAAUUGAUUUAUCAUUUAAUCAAUUAACAAAAAUUUAUGAUUAUCUUCUUUUAAUUUCUUUAAAAGUUGAUUUAUCAAAUAAUAAUAUUCAAUCAAUAUCAAAUAAUUUAAUUCAAAUAUUAAAUUAUGAUAUGAUUACAAAUCGAGAAUUAAAAAUUAAUAAUAAUCCAUUAAAAGAACCAAUAAGUCUAUUAAAAAUUCUUAAUGAAGAAAAUAGAUAUUCACGAAAUAUUCUUGAAAUAAUUCGUUCAUGUUUUGAUAAACAACAAAUUAAUGAAAUUGUUCGACAAGGUUUUAAAAUAUAUAUUACUGGUUGUAAAAAAAGUGGUAAAUCAUCAUUAGCAUAUUGUCUUGAAGAAUAUAGACCAUUAAUAGAUGAUGAAAAAGAAGAAAAAAUUGUUAAUAUUCUUCAAUUCCCAUUUCAUUUCGAAACAAACAAUGAUCAUUCAUCUUUAGAAAUGAAAUCUCAAAUUCAUUUACCAAGAAAAUCUAUUGACUUAUCCCAAACACAACAACAACAACAAACACAAUUUGAUAUUGAUAUACAAAAACAGAGACGAUUUUCAAUUGUUUCAUUAAAACAAUCUACAUUACUUUCAUCAAUAACUCCUAUGUCAUUAGAAUCAAUUAAAUCUCUUCCAUUAACUAUAUAUGAUUUUAAUGGAUCACCAGAAUAUUAUCAAUAUAUAUCAACAUUUAUUGAUACAAACGCACUUCAUUUUAUUUGUAUUCAUACAGUUGAUUUCGAUAAAAAAACUCCUAGAAAUAUUGAAGAAGUAUUUAAUGAUACAUUUGAUAUAACAUUAUAUCCAAUUAUUCAACAAUUAUUUCAAAUAUUACAAAUUCUUUGUGAAAAACUAACUAAAACAAAUGCUCUUAUAAUAUUACCUAUUGCUACAUGUAUUGAUCUAUAUGAUAAACAAUCAAAACAGGAUAAAAUUCAAUCAUUAGAUAAAAUUAAUAAAUUCUUUCAACUUUAUCUUCAAUUGCGUAUUAAUCGAAUAAAACAUGAAAUUGAACAAAUUAAAUGUCUUCAAACAAUACCACCUUCUCUUUCGGAUCGUCUUAAAACUUAUAAUUGUCUUCUAAAUAAUAAUAUACAAAUUGAAUCUUGUCAAGCAAUUAGUUCAUUAACAUGUCAAGGUAUAAAUGAACUUAAUCAAAGAAUUCAACAUUAUAUUUUAACACAAAAUACUAUCUUUCCGCAUAUCAAUAGAAUUUUACCAACACUUUGGGCUGAAACAAAUCGAUAUAUUGAAUCUUUAGCUGAUGAUUUACCUGUUCCAUAUCUUUCAUGGGAACAUUUUACUAGUCAUAUUAUUAAUAAACAUGGACUUUCAAAUUUAAUCAAUGAUAUAUCAAUGUCAUUAUGUGAUCAAGGAAAAAUUUUAAUUUUAAAUGAAAUUGGUACAAAAAAUCGUAUUGUUUUUCUUCGACCAGUAUGGUUAGGUGAUCUUCUAUCAUCAUUAUUUCAUCAUGAUAAUUUUUUUGAAUCUAUACAUCAAUUAUAUAGAAAAGAAUAUGAACAAUGUGGUCGUUUACAUUUAGAUCUUAUUCAUUCAUUAUGGAUUAAUUUAUUACAUAAAAAAGAAUAUUUUUAUCAUGUAUGGAAUAUAUUAAUGCGUUUUUUAUUAAUUGCAUAUCCAAAAAUUAAUAAAAAACAAUUAAAAAUUUUUUUGAAUUCUGAAGAAAAAAAUGAAAUAAAAUUUGAUUAUUUUAUUGUUCCAUGUUAUUUACCAUUUAUUAAUUUAAAUGAACAAGAAGAAGAAAAAAGACAUUUUUUUAAACAAAUAAUAAAUAAAGUUAAUAUACGUUAUCAAAGUUCAAUGUUACCAUUAGGAUUUUUUCAUCGAUUUUCUGUUUUGGCUAUAUUAAAAUCAGAUGUUAUUUAUAUAAAACAUUGGAAUAAUUUUAUUAUAGGUGAACAUAAAGAAAAACAAGUUAAAUUUAUUAUUGAAACAAAUCAUCAUACAUAUAUUAAUUGUUAUUGUGGAACAAAUUUUACUGAACAACCAUUUGAUAAUAUAUGGAAUGUACUUAUGUCAAUACUUAAUCUUUUUGAAGAAAUGUUUAAAAUUUUAGCUCCUAGUAAUCCAUUUAAUCGUGCUGUUUGUUGUCCAUAUUGUAAUGAAUAUUCAUUUAUGGGUGAAUGGACAACACCAAAAGAAUUACAAAGUAUUAAAAUAAAACUUUGUUCAUCAUGUGGACAAAAUGUUGAUACAAAUUAUCUUAUACAACCAAAUGAAAAUAAACGACGAAAUGAAGAACUUUUAAAAAAAAUUCGAGAACGAAAAGCUAAUAAUAUUAAGAAAACUUCCAAUGUUAUAUCAUCAACAACUACAAAUAUGACUCAUUUAUUUAUACAAUCACUAUAUAUCAUUCGUAAAGUAAUCAUAGUACAGAAUGAUGGUUUUUAUCAUGACAACAUACAACGAUGGUUUGAUUUUCCUCAAACUAAUUAUACAAUAAGUCUUUUAUAUCCUAUUGAUUUUGAUACUAUGGUACUUGAAUUUAAUCAAACAUUAUCAACUACUGCAACAAAUGGUGCUGUUAAUGCAUCACCGGAUUUACAUUGGUAUCCAUUUCAACCUGGUCAAUGUCCACCAACAUAUAAUAUUAUAUUACAAGGUUUUUGCGCACCAUUAAUAAUAAUUAUAUCAACUGUAUUAAAUUCUUUAAUUGCUGUUGUUUUACUUCAAAAACAUCUUCGUUCACCAACAAAUAUUCUUCUUUUAGCUAUUGCACUUUAUGAUACAUUAACAGGACUUUUUCCUUUUCCAGCAUUAAUAUAUGUAUAUACAUUUCGACAAUGUAAUGAUUAUAUACCAUAUAAUUAUGGAUGGUUUCAUCGAAUGAGUCAUGAUGUAUUACCAUUUAUUUUUCAUACAUGUUCAAUAUGGGUAACUGUUGUAUUAGCUAUACAACGUUAUAUAUAUGUAUGUUAUUCAGAAAAAGCUAAACAAUGGUGUACUGUACCAAUGGCACUAAAAGCAAUUGUUUGUGUUAAUAUUUUAGCACUUAUUGUAGCUAUACCAAUGUUUAUUGAAGGCACAUUUAAACCUGAAAUGGUUAAUUCGUUAAUUGAUUCAAAAAAAUAUUUUGCUGCAUGUACAGUUGUUGAUUAUUCAGAAGAUCCAAAAUAUAGAACAUUAUUCUCUAUUUAUACACUUAUUCGUGCUUUAUUAAUUAAUGUUGGUCCAUGUACAUUACUUGUUAUAUUAAAUGCUAUUUUAGUUGAACGUAUGAAAGAAGCUAAAAAAAAUCGAGAUAAACUUAUGCGACGACG